AUGGGUAAACCUGAAGACCAGAAAAAGAAGCGGGACGACCUGCAAGGCCUGCGCGGCUGUGCCAUCGGCGCCGUCCUUCUCUUUCACUUCUUCCCCGACCAUUUCCCCAAUGGCUACGUCGGCGUCGACCAGUUCGCUCCCUUCAGAAUCCUCCAGAAUCCUCGUCGCUUUCAGAUUCUUCGUCCUCUCCGGCUUCCUGAUGUGCAUGUUACUCCAGAAGUCGCAGACGAUGUCGCGACGCCAACUCGUCCUCAACUUCUACUGGCGACGUCUCAAGAGAAUCCUGCCGCUCUACCUUCUCUGUCUCCUCGGCAUCCUCCUCGCCUUGUACGUCUUCUUCCCGAAUUCUUCCGUCGACGCGAAUCUUCGAACCGCGCCUUGGGCUCUCUUCUUCGCCUCGAAUAGGCCGAAAUCCACUGAAGAAAACUAUUUUCAGCUGGUUUUUUAGGUAUCUUAAACCUAUAAAAUGGUUUUUUUUUGCAGCUUCAUUCAGCCGUUGAUCUAUUCACUCAUACCUGGUCUCUUUCUGUAGAGAUCCAGUUCUACCUCAUCGUUCCAUUUCUCUUCAUUUUGUCCAAACUUUUGCCGGAAAGACAUCAGCCUUCGUUUUACGCCGCCUUGGGUAAUUUUAAACAGUCUGUCCUCUCUGAGCUCUCUUUUUUUCUGAGUUCAAGUUGUGGCGAUAAUAUUUCUCUCCUUUCAUCACCACUUUAGGGACCACUUCAUUCUUAUUGCAAACAUAUUCAAGUGAGAGCUUCGCAUUCAACAACGUCUUCGCGAGAGUUUGGCAGUUCUUGAUAGGUUUUUCAAUUUUCAAAAAUAUACUAAAAUAAAAUUACAGGAAUGGUUUCGUACCUGACUUGCAGUUACGAAUCUGAUUCAACCCUGGGAAAAUACAACGUAAUAAGUCAGAGCGAAGAAAAGGAAAGAUUCGUCAUCGACGAUGAGCUUGACCUAGGAGGUUGGUUAAUCAAUUUGGAAAAAUUUUUGUUUUAUAAAUUUUCAGAAGAAGCGAAAGAAUUGGAAGAUGGAGAUGUUUCUAGUGGGUUCAUAGGGUUUCAUGAAGAAUCUUGUCAGUUUUCAGAAAAACUUGGAACCAUAGAACCAGGAAAUGGUGAUGAAUUGCCGAAAGUUGCUCAGAUUACAGCGAUUUUCCUCAUGUUUUUCGCGGCUUUUGGUCCGACUAAGUUCAGCGAAUUAUAUGUCAGGUAUUAUCGAUUUUUAUCUCGAUCAAUAUCUUCUGAAAUAAAUGUUUUAAGACUUAACACAACCCUCCUAACGGGUCUUUUGAUUUGCGCGGCCGCGGAACACCCGAUUUUGUGCAGCCGACCUUUAAUCUACUUGGGCGACAUUUCCUAUGCUCUAUAUUUAAUUCAUUGGCCAAUUUGUGCCUAUUGCAAAUCGGUCUUCCCGGAAAGCACCUUUGGUUUGAACAUUCCACGUUUUUGAGUGAAUUUCUAAAUAUUUAGCUGUAAUUAUCGGUCUUACCGUGUCGGUUUUGGCUGCCGUCGUCGUCGGACAAACAUUUGAAAAGUGAGAAAAAUGUAGAAAUCUCAGAAUAUUAAUAGUUUUUGUCCAGGUGGUACCUGCGCAUGAAUUCCAAAGGAAUAACAGCCCUAGUGACAAUAUUUUACAUUAUCAUCGCUGUCGUCUUUUUCCACCUGAAAUCGUUGCGUGUGCCGACCUUCGUCGACAAAAACUCGAUGGGAAACGAAACUUGGCUGGAUUUCGACCCGAGUAACAUGACUUUUGGUGAAUCCACCACAUAGUCCUACUGAACUUUUUUCGUUUUAGAGAAAAUCAAUGAGAAAAACUGGCUUUUCUCGUACAAUGACUACAAAAACUUGUACGUGGAGCAGUGCGAUUACAAGUUCGAGGAGAAAGGUCCUCUCGGGCCUUGUGAAUUCAAAGUGGGGCGGAAAUUACGGAAAGGGUGUUGAUUUUGAUAGAUUUAGGGGCUGAAUGAAAAGGCGAAAUACAAAAUCGCAGUUCUUGGCAACAGCUGGGGGGCGAAUCACGCGAGGAUGUUCCAUAAGGCGUGUUCUUCGAAGGCGAGAAACAUGUCCAUGUUCAAUAGUUAUGGUAAGGAAUAUCAAGGGUUCUGAAAAAUUGGGAAAAAAAAUGUUUCUGGAAAAAAUGCACGUUAUUUGUCUAUUGCAUUCCCAAAUAACUCAGUUUGCCUUUCAACUGGGUCGCGUACAGCUUGGAAAAUUUCCUAAAGAAAAACCCGUGUAGAAAACCCAAAAGCUGGAAAACUGGGGAAAUUUUGAAAAAUCGUGCUCUCCUUGCCUGCCGUUGGUUACGGUACACAUCCGAACGGUGUGCUUUUCGCUGUGAGAGACUCGCGCGCGCGUCGUUGACACGCCCUGCGUUUUCAAGCAAACUUCGAAUUUAGCCUAUUCCAGAUGGAUCUGGUACAGGUUGUCAACUUAGAAAUUAUGCAAAGUUUGUAAAAAUGUAAUUUUCACUCUGGUUUUGUGUUUCAUAAAACUCAAAGGGCGUAAAAUUGAUUCACGGCUGGCUUAAUUCAUCAAAAAAUGGUCCUGACACGAUAAGGGAAGAGAUAGUGUCUGGCUCGUGGAAAGCGCAGACAGGCCACGCCCAUUUAGCCCCCCAAGCUUACCGUGAAUUGAUCAUAAAUAGGGCUUGUAGAAAGAAAAGUAAGCCUUAUGAUCGCCAAAAGAAACACUGAAAAAAUUAAUCGAUACCCUUUUUGAAUAAAUUUUUUAAUUUAAAAUCUUCUAUUUCAUGCAUCUGAUGAGUUUCAAUGCAUUAAAGUUUUUUUUUUCUAGAUUGUAGAUUUUUUUUUGUUCCAAAAAUUUUGGAACAAAAAAAUGUUUCGGUUGAAGGGUACUUAAGCAAGUCCAGAGAUUGAAAAGGUACAUAUUUUCAACUUUUACAAAUUUUGUCCAUUUUUUUUUUGUCAAACACAAGUAAAAGUUGAAGAAAGUUCAGAAUGGCUCUAGUAGGCGUUUUUAUAUAGUCUAUUCAUAUUUCGAUUGUCUAGUACGAGGACGUCAUUCGGGGAUGCUCUGUGGAUGGCUCGGUCUCUGAUUGGCUUAUCGCGCCAUUAGAGGCGGGGCUUGGCAUUUAAAAUCUGGAUUGAUUAUAGCUGGUUUUUGAUUUUGAAGCUGUACUUUACCAUGUGAAACACUUCAAAAAGGUCAAACUUCUCAAUUUUCAUGAGUUUUUUCCAUUUAUUUUUCAAAAAGUACAAGUGAAACCAAAUUUUAGGUUGCGAACCCCUCUAUCCAUUCGAUGACCGGUGUAGAAAAGGAGCCCAUUAUUUUGACGAAGUCCUGGACACGGUCAAGCCUGACUACGCUUUCAUGUUCAUGAGGUUCAGUUAGAUAGGAAAAAUUGAAUAAAUUAAAGUCUUCAGACACAUAUCAAUGAUGGACCCCUUCGUCGACGCCCAGAACGACACGGUCUACAACGUGGCCAAGAAGAGGAUCAUAGACUUUCGGGACAAAAUCGACAAGAAGCUCUACAUGGUCGGUCCUCUGCCACAGCCAACCGCGCUGAGUUGGAACGUCCAGGAGAGCUUCAAGGCCGGGAAAUGGCCCAACGACGUUCGUUUUUAUUUUUUCAUCACAAAUUGAAGUUCAUAGAUACGGCUAGGAUCACUUUGUGCAGUUUUGGCACGAUCAUUUUUUCGAAAUUUUCUAAAUCUGGGCUAGAAAUUUUUCAAGGAUAACUAUUCUCGAAGUUUUUCGAAGCGAUUUUUGAGAAGAAGACUUUAAAAUUGGUUAAUGAGGCCUUGAAGAAAAUGAAGUUUGCUGAAAAAGGUUCUUGAAAAAAGUUUGGUCGCUGAAAAUUUAAAAAAAAAUAAUUGAGCCGCUCUUGAAGGUUACAUUGAGCUGGCUAGAACAAAAGAUCACGAUUUAUUGAUUUUUCUCUUGUCUGAAAAUUUUUUUGAGCCGGGAUAUGGUUUAAGAAACAUUCGCAUAUGCUUCCCAAAGAGAAGAUCAAAACUACGAAUUUAGAAAAUCAAAAGUGGCUUUUUUUUUGGAUUUUUUUUUUCGAAUUUUGAAAACACAUAAUUUCGUUUACAGACUCCAGCUCAUAUCCAUUUUUCAAAAAUGGCUCUUGAUUUUUUUUUUUUGAAUUUUGAAAACACAUUAUUUCUUUCAAAGACUCCAGCUCAUAUCCAUUUUUCAAAAAUGGCUCUUGAUUUUUUUGAAUUUUGAAAACACAUUAUUUCUUUCAAAGACUCCAGCUCAUAUCCUUUUUUUCAAAAAAAUGGCUCUUGAUCAAAUUAUUAACACCUAUAAUUUUUUCAAAGACUUCAUUGGUCGUUUUUGAGCGUAUUUUCCGAGGAAAUAAUUUUUGCGACUCUAGUUUCAAUAAGAACUUAGUGCUGACAAAAAAGGUAGUUUUACUUUCAAAAUGGGAAGUCCCCGAAAGACGGCUUGAUGUACCAGGUGAAGAUCCUGAAAGUUUCCCAGCUUUUGAGAAAUGAGUGCUCAAAGCCCUGGAACAACUUGUUUUUAUGGAGUUUGAGGAUUUCCUCUGUCUUGGAGAUGUCUUUUUUUGGAAACUAAGAAAUUUUGCUUGUUAAAACUCUCAGGUUUUUUCUCUGGUACAUCAAGGAGUGUAUUGAAAAAUUUUCAGGAAACAAAAAAGUGAAAUGGCCUCCCUUGUGAGAUCGUUCUGUCAGAAAUCUUGAAUUUCCUUUCCAGGCGACGAUAAUCACCCCGGACUCCGUGAAACGAUACGAAGACGGCAUGAAACGGAUGAACCUUCUUCUGAAGGACUGCGGGAGCAAAUGCGAGCUGAUCGACUACGCGCCGUCGUUCCGAAACUCGACGACCAACGUAUUUCAAUAUUAUGACAAAUAUGGAAUGCUUUACUGGAACGAUAAUCUGCACCUGACGCCCCACGGCCUUGCCCUCGUUAAAGGUCUUUUCGAGAAUAUUUGCAAUCAUUUAUAAGCCUUUUUUGGAAAUUUUGCAAGUUCUAAGCAUGGUUACACUAGUGCAUGCUUAAAGGCAUAGGGGCAGUAAAAAACGGGGUUUCAGGUGAAAGCAGUUUCUUAUAUAGUUUUUCAUUGCGAAUUGAAUUGUGUAAGAAGCAAAGAAAAAAGCUGAAAUCCGGAAGUUGAUAAAGCCUGCUCCAUAGAGCAACUUUACUGCAGAGUGCCCUUUUUGGCGGGAACUCAAACUUUCCUCCCUCCGACUUUGAAUAAUUUUUUCUUCAAAACUAGAAACUUUUGUACGUUUCCAAGUUCACCGUUCGAUUCGCAAUGAAAGACUCUGCUUUGAACUAAAACACCGUUUUUACUGCCCCUAUGCCUUCAAAAUUGAUUGAAAAAUGAGUGGUUGAAUUCUAAAAAUUCUAGAGAAGUUUCAAGAUUCUUCCCAUCACAAAAAAUUCUCAUAAUAGUCUUUUUUUCAAAGUAACCGGCUAAACUGGAGUUUGAAAAAAGCUCUUUUUUAAAAUUUCAAUAAGUACUUUGAAUAGCCAAAAAAAAGACCUAGCUAUUUUUGAUUUCACUAUCAUUUUCUUAAGAACAGUGCAAUGCUAUAUAUAUAGACCUUUUUCCUUUCAAUUUCUUCCAGUCAAAAUUUGCAAAAGAAAUUUCGAUUGUGUAUGUUUUUUUCAUGUCUUAUUGCUUUUUGAAGUGCAUGAAAAGGAGAACAAAGUCAUGCAUUAUUUCGCAUGUUUUUUUCUGUGUAUUUGUAAUAAAAUGUAUUUAUUUGAAUCACGUAACGUUGGAAUUUGCAUUCUGAAAAAAAUUUAUGAAGAAAUUAGGACGAAGAAAAAUUAUUAGAACUCGCAAUUUUCCUUGGAGACGACUCUUUCGGCGAUAGCAGACCAAAGUCCUGAAUUAUUUUAGUUCCUUGUACCGACCUGAUCCGGUUUUCGCGUGAAGGCAUGUAUAGUCGAUCCAUGGCUGGAUUGAGCCAUCGAAAAAUGGUCCUGGUACGAUUAAAAAAAGCGCAGACAGACGACGCCCAUGCGCGCCCAAAAAUAACGGUGGAAUCGGCUAUAGAUUUUUUUUUUUGUAGCGUGCAAAGCUGCGCAUUUUUUGGAACCUUUCUUGGAUUUUUGAUAGUUUUUUUAAUUUCAAUUGUUUCUUAGAUGACCAAAAACUUCCACCUUUCUAUAUUUUGGUCCUUUUUUGUACCCAAGCCAGCAGCAUUACCUAUGAGAAAGAGACCUCAUCCAGGUCAAGCAAAAAAAAAAGGUGGCAGGUGAUUUUUCUUUUUUCCUCUUUUUCAGAUUUUCCUCUUGUUCAUUAGCGCCUCUCCCGACCCGAUUCGUAGGUUGAAACGUCCUUUUUCGGAUGUCGCCGAGGAAUAUUCCCGAUACUAUCUUUUUGUUUCGGCCGGUCCGAGUCGAAUAUUCCGGCUUCUAGAAUCGAGAGAAAGAAGCCUGAGACUCGCUUCAUUUUUCAUUUGGAAUGGCUUUGGUUUUCAGUUUUUUCGUCCCGAGUCUUUUUCUUUCUUGCUACCUCGCUCGACUUUCGAAAGGAAGUUUUCUACUUAUUACUUUUUUUUUAACUCGAAUUUUCCUUUUAUUGUCGUUAAAAAGUUGGAAAAAAGGAGGUAAAGCCAGGAAAAUAACACUCUUGUCCAUUUUUCCAGCAGAACUUGAAUAAAAUCGACCUGAUUUCGAAAAAGAUGAACCACUUUGUUAUUUUCCACCAUGUUCUAUACUCUUCCUUGUAAAAUAUCUAGUCGGCAUAAUUUUUUUCUGAGUAGGUCGCAUGGAGAAUGGCUUUGAGAUAACGUAAAUAAACAUGUUAUUCUGAAGCCUGCUUUGGCUUUCCAGUCUAAAACAAAUCGAUACCGUGUAGCCAUUCCAAACGCGUCCAUUCCGAUGAAGGCAGUGUAACCACAUAAAUUUUCCAGAUGGGUAAACCGGAAGAGCACAAGAAGAAAGCGGGACGACCUGCAAGGCCUGCGCGGCUGUGCCAUCGGCGCCGUCCUCCUCUUCCACUUCUUCCCCGACCAUUUUCCCAAUGGCUACGUCGGCGUCGACCAGUUCAGUCCCUUCAGAAUUCUCCAGAAUACUCAUCCCGUUCAGAUUCUUCGUCCUCUCCGGCUUCCUGAUGUGCAUGUUGCUCCAGAAGUCGCAGACGAUGUCGCGACGCCAACUCGUCCUCAACUUCUACUGGCGACGUCUCAAGAGAAUCCUGCCGCUCUACCUUCUCUGUCUCCUCGGCAUCCUCCUCGCCUUGUACGUCUUCUUCCCGGAUUCUUCCGUCGACACGAAUCUUCGAACCGCGCCUUGGGCUCUUUUCUUCGCCUCGAAUAGGCCGAAAUCCACCGAAGACGACUACUUUCAGAUGGUUUGCUGUAGCUGAUCAACUUAAUGAAGCUGUCAUUUCAGCUUCAAGUCGCCAUCGAUCUAUUCACUCACACCUGGUCUCUUUCCGUUGAGAUCCAGUUCUACCUCAUCGUUCCAUUUCUCUUCAUUUUGUCAAAAAUCAUACCAGAAACGCGUCAGCCGUUAUUUUACGCCGUCGUGGGUACGUUCAGGAACAUUUUUCAUUUUUAAAUAUUUUACAACAGGAUCGGCCUCAUUCCUACUCAAUGUUUCCACAAGUGAGAGCUUCGCCUUCAACAAUGUCUUCGCCAGAGUUUGGCAGUUUUUUUGAUAGGUUUCUCAAUUUUUCAAAAAUAUAUUAAAAAUAAAAUUACAGGAAUGGUUUCCUACCUGACUUGCAGUUACGAGACUGAACCAAAAUCAAUAAAGUACGACCAAAUAAGCCAAGCCGAAGAAGGCGAAAAAUUGGUCCUUGAAGACGGGGAAAUCGACCUUUCUGGUCUGAAAACGACAAAAAAGUUUGAACAGUAUUCAAUUUUCAGAUGAAAUCAAAGCCAUUGAAGAAGAGCCAAAAAAUGGUCAGGAAUUGCCGAAAGUUGCUCAGAUUACAGCGAUUUUUCUCAUGUUUUUCGCCGCUUUCGGGCCAACCAAAUUCAGCGAAUUAUACGUCAGGUGCGACCAUUAUCUUACCUUAAGAGUUUAAAAACUAUGUUAGAGACUUUAUUGGAUCUUCCCACUCAACCAUUAUUUAUAAAUAUUUUUUUCAAUUUGAAAAAAAUCUCCCGUCAAUAAGGUAAUCAAAAAGUACAAUUUACAUUUCAGAGCUUUUUUUAGCUUAUUAUGCAAACAUUUUCUUUUCGAAAAAAAUUAAAUAAAGAAAAAGGAAAUUUGGAAGAAAAAAAGAGAAGAAAAAAAUGUUUGUUUGGCAACCGGAAAAAUCUGUCAUUCACGCUCUCCUGCGCAGCGGAAAUUCCACUUUAGGGCUUUGUUGAUUUUUUUUUUUUUCUUCAAUUUUACUACUUUUUUUCUUUUUUUCUUCAGUAAAUUUCUAGAUUUAGAUUUUCAUAAAAGAUGGGUGGUAUCCUUGAAAAAGCCGAGCGGCCUCUCUAGAACAGUUUUGAAAAAAAUGAUGAGAAUUUUUCUCUAAUUUUUCAAGGUGUUUUUUUGUUGUUGUUAUAAUUAUAUCCUAUAUAUCCUCAGAAGCGAGUAGAAGUUUUUUAAUAAAAGAUGAACAUUUUUCAAAAUGAUCGGCGCAAAGACCUUGUUCCGCUGUUCUUUUCUCUAGAUGUACUACGCAAUAGGCCAGCCUGUUAUUGGAAAACUGGGGGAUAUUCUCGUUUCUAUGCAGAGUUGAAUUUCAGUUUUUUGUUUCUGUUUAGAAUAUAUAUUUCCAGGUUUAACACGACUCUCCUAACUGGACUUUUGAUUUGCGCGGCCGCAGAACACCCGAUUUUGUGCAGCCGACCUUUGGUCUACUUGGGCGAUAUUUCAUACGCGUUAUAUCUUAUUCAUUGGCCAAUUUGUGCUCAUUGCAAAUUGAUCCAUCCGGAUAGUACUUUUGGUGAGGCCAUCCACAUUUCACUCUUGAUUUUUUUCUUUUUAGCUGCACUCGUUGGCCUUAUCGCGUCAGUUUUGGCUGCCAUCGUCGUCGGGCAAACUUUUGAAAAGUAGGAGUUCUUGAGUAUACUCCCGUACUCUAUAUUUUGUCUCCAGGUGGUACCUUCUUCUGAAAUCCAAGAGUUUGACCGUCUUGGUGUCGAUCUUCUAUGCCGUCAACAUUAUCCUGUGGCUGCACUUGAAAUCUACCCGAGUCGCCGAGUUUGUCGACGACAAAACGGUCGGAAAUGAAACUUGGCGGGAUUUCGACUCGAGUCAAAUGACUUUUGGUUCAUUUUCCUGUCAUUUUCUGCUUAAUUUUCCAAUAAUUUCAGAAGAAAUCGACAAGAAAAACUGGAUUUAUUCCCACUUUGACUAUCAGAAUCUCUACUUGAAGCAUUGCGAGUACACGAACGCGGAAAAAGGGCCACUCGGUCUUUGUAAAUUCCAAGUGAGGAUAUAAAUGUUCGACGGAUGAAAUUUAUGAUUUUCAGGGUCUUAACGAACAGGCCAAGAAUAAAAUUGUCCUUUUUGGUAACAGUUGGGCGGCGAAUCACGCAAGGAUGUUUUAUGACGAAUGUUCUUCGAAAGCCAAGAAUAUGACCAUGUUUAGUAGUUAUGGUGAGAAAUCCUGUUGAAAGCUGGGGAACGGAAUUUUCUCUUUGAAAAAUGUCAAUUUUAACUUUUUAUAGUGAUGUAUCUGUUAGAAUUUGCAGGGGACGAAAUUGAAUUUUGGUACUCUUUAAGUGACUUCAUUUGAGGGGCCACUUAGGCUCUCUAGUGAUGACUUAAGCAGGAAGAUUGUUCCCGUUUCUCUCUGUAGUGAUCACUUAAUGGCAUAGGGGCAGUAAAAAUCGCGUUUUCAGUUGAAAGGUUUUCAGGUGGUCAGUUUCUUGUAGAGUUUUUCAUUGCGAAUCGAACGGUGUACUCAAAAAAGCACAUAUAUGACUGCUUUUGAAGAAAAAUGCGAUUUUAUUUCCCCGCCUUUCUAUAGUCUGUUCAGAUUUUGAAUGUCAAGUUGUCGCUCAAGCUCCGCCCCUAAUGGUGCUAUAAACCAAUCAGAGAUCGAGCCAUCCACAGAGCGUUUUUGAAUGACGUCAUUUCACUUGACAUUAAAAGUCUGAACAGACUAUAUUUUGGAAAAUGCUUUGGAUCGGUGUACAGAAAACUGUUUACAGUAGCCGUACACGCGAUUUUGCAGACUUUUUCCUUUGGGGACAGCAAAAAAAAUUGAGAAUUGGAAAAAAAAAACGAAAACAAGAAAAAUUGCGAUUCAUGUUGUCCAUAGAGCAACUUUACUGCAAAACGCCUUUUUGAUGGGAAUUUUUUUUUCAUAUGAAUUUCUCCAAAAAUAGGACAUUCUGUACAUUUUUAAGUAUACCGUUCGAUUCGCAAUGAAAAACUCUACAAGAUACUUCUUUCACCUGAUACCCGGUUUUUAACUGUCCCUAUGCCUUUGAAUUUUAGCAAGUUAUUAACCUAAAACAGCUUUUUUUCAGGUUGUGAACCAUUUUAUGGGUUCGACCAACGCUGCAAGCAGAAUAUGAAGGAUUUCGACGACCUUCUCACGUCGGCCAAGCCUGACUACGCGUUCAUGAUCGUCAGGUACAGAAAAUCCCAUAUUUUUAAUAGUAAUCAUGUGUUUAUACAGACAUAUCUCCUUGAUGGACAACCUGGCCGACAUCCAGUCGGAUAAUCUCUACAAACUCGCCAGGGAUCGACUGAUCUCUUUCAAGGAUCUCGUGGGGAAGAAACUCUAUAUUGUUGGGCCUCUCCCUGAGCCCAAAACUUUGAGCAUCUUCGUCUCUGACAGCUUCAAAAAUGGAACCUGGCCCAAGGAUGUUAGUAGCAAAGUUGUUUUUUGGUUUCUCAACGUUUAGUUGGUUUUCUGGGAAAAUUCCAGAAAUGCUCCCCCCACGUCCGAAAAAGCCCCCCACCAAGGCAAGUUUCGACUGGUGGGAGGUGAACUCAAAGACAAGGUCAUUUUUUUGCAAAAUGAGAAUUGCCCCCCACAUUUCCAAAAAGCCCCCACCAAGGCAAGUUAAGACUUGUAGGAGGUGAACUCAAAGACAAGGUCAUUUUUGGAAAUUUAGACAUUUUUGGGAAUUUUCCAGAAGUCCACCUCCCCCCACGUCCGAAAAAGCCCCCCACCAAGGCAAGUUUCGAGACUGGUGGGAGGUGAACUCAAAGAACUUUAAGUGCUGGCUGAAUCGAAUGGGGGGGGGACUAUAUUUAAUCCUAGAAUCGUCCCCCUCCCCCACGUCCGAAAAAGCCCCCCCACCAAGGCAAGUUUCGAGACUGGUGGGAGGUGAACUCAAAGAACUUUGAGUGCUGGCUGAAUCGAAUGGGGGACUAUAUUUAAUCCUAGAAUCGUCCCCCUCCCCCCACGUCCGAAAAAAAUCCCCCACCAAGGCAAGUUUCGAGACUGGUGGGAAUUGAAAAAGUUGGGAAGUUUUUUUACCCCUUCCCCCCUCCUUAAAAAUUUUUGAUGAAAUUUCGCUUAAGUGUACUUUAGGACCUCCUGGUUCCAGAAAGAAAAAUAUAAGGACGGGAAAAAAAAAGUUCCCUAGAGAGAUAUUCUUCUGGUGACUCAAAACUGACCAUUUUCGAUUUCAGACCGAAAUCUUCCCCGCCAAAACAUCGUUAAAAAGGUACGAAGACGGCAAGAAGAGGAUGGAUCAGUUGGUGAAGGAUUGCGGGAGCAAAUGUGAACUUAUCGAUUACGCUCCCUUGUUCCGAAACUCGACGACAAAUGUGUUUCAAUACUUUGACCAAAAAGGGAUGCUCUAUUGGACCGACCCGCUUCAUCUCUCCCCACAUGGUCUCUCAUUAGUCAAAGGUCUUUACACUAAAAUUUGCAAUGAUAUGUGAUAACUGAAAAUUGGUCAUUUUUUACCGGUAGCAUUUUCGAAAUAGGCAUCAAGGUAGUGCAAUUGAAGUCCACAAAAAUCGAACAAAAGUUCGAUCUAAUUUAAUUUAUUCAUCGCUGUCUUGAAAUAACGCUCAAUGGCUUGCAAACGUAUGAGAAAAUACUGGAUUUUGACAUUUCCCACUGAAAUAGAGGUGAAUGAACUUUUUUCGUGAGUUUUACAAGUUUUUGCACGUUCUCUAUUCGAUUAUAUCGCAUGUUCUUUUAUACUCUCUGUAGUUUGAAAUUAUGAUCUUUUUUUUUUCUCGUCUCCGCCCAUUUUUCAAUAAAUUCCGUCUGAAAUUUGCAUGCAAAAGCUGUUCAAAUAAGAAUUUUUGUCAAAGGACUGCAAGGGCGUAUGUUAAUACACAAAAAUUUCGCAUGUGAAAUAUUUCAAAUUUUGCAUAUGCUUGAUUUCUUGCAAAUCUGGGGAAAAACGAGGGAAUCCUACAAGGUUUCGGAUUCCAUGGAUGAAGCAAACUUCAUGGUGAAAUUUUAAGUUUCUCUUAAAAGUUUUGAAGUUUACGGUUAGAAUAGAUAUUUUUCCGAUGGUACAAAGUUACCGAUCGCAAACUAUUCACUCAAGUUGCGGAAUAUGAAGACUUGGCAAAAAAAGAGAAAAAGGGGGGGGGCAUAAACCGUAAAAAAUUUUCAGGGUGCGCGCUGGGCGGAGCUAGUUCGAUCGUAUAAAAAAAAAAAAAAAAUUCAUUUUUGUAAUUUUUCAAGCGAUUUUUUUCUUAGUGAUCGAAAAAAAGAGCUUUUACUUGGGAUUAGGGGGCAUACAAAUCUAUAUAUUAACAAGUUAGGAACCAAAAUCAUUAGGAAGCCUCCGAUCUCAAUAAGAAGAAGGACAGGGAAAAAAUGAUCGACCCCCUAAAAACGGACGAUUGCAAUCAUAACUGCUGUUUUUGCACUGGGGAAAUUUCGCCGUUAACCUCGGCUAAUCUAUUCUUCGACCUGACCUCAAUAAGUUCGGGGAAAGGUCGACCCUCUAGGCUUCUCAGUCGAGUUUAUUUCUGGUCUGAAUAUGUGCUUCAUGGAAACGAAGCCGAAAUUUUCGGUUUUGUCCCUGGAGCACUCUUUCUCGCUAAAAUUGAGCCAAAUUUUUUCCGCGUUUUUAAAAAUUUUUCUUGUUUUUUUCUGGAAUCAAGGCUGGAUAUGAUCCCAACAGAAAAUCUGGAAAUCAUAUUUUUGGGAAGAAUUUUGAGCUCUAGAGCACAUAUUCACGCCAGGAUUAGCUUGAAAUUCCUUUUUUUUUGUACUUACUGGGAAAAUCUUUAGUGGCCACUAUAGAGGCUCGCCAAGGACUUCUUGGAGAGGACACUAAAGUGGCCACUAAACCCACCUCUAUAGUGGCCAUGAUUUUCCCUUUUAGUGGCCCCUUUAGAGGUCUCUAUUUAGUGGCUACUUCAGUAGUUUUUCAUCCAGUAACUCUGAUAAUUUAAAAAAAAAAACAGAUCGGACCAGUUAUGUUGAUCCACUGACCCCUAAAUUGGCCACUAAAAAUUUUAGCGGUCUAGUAGUAGCACUUAGACCUCUAUAAUGGCCACUAAUUUGUAAGCCCUUAACUGGCCACUAUAUUGACUACGAUAGAGGCCAAUAAAACGUCAAAACCCUUUAAUGGUCACCAAAAGUUUUCCCAUUCUUCAUUGAAUUUUCCAGGUGCUCUUCCUGUAAGAAGUUUUUUGGAUCUUGAAGGUCAGAAAUCAAAGAUAUUUGGGCCAACUCCUUACCCAAAUUGUUCAAAGGAGCAUUGGAAAGGUCUCGAAGCGAUCUUUCGUCUUCCGUAGGGUGAUUUUCGGUCCGCCCUUCUUGGUUGAUCUUUUAAUCACUCCAACAAAGGAAAUUUGGACAGACUAGAGAAAAGUCCGCAUGGCCCAAGCCGGCCGAACGGGCGUAUCUCUUCCAUUUCACUUUCGGUCUCUUUUAUCUUUUUGCAACAACGUCCUCAUUUUUCAAAUAGUUCACACGUUUUUUUUAACGAGUAGAGCGUUGAAAGUGAGGUGGAUUUUUCAUUUCUUGCUUCUUUUUUCGUUCCCGUCUGCAUCUCAUGGGAUUCUCAAAAAAUUAGACGCCGUCAAGGGACCACUUGAGGUUACUAAAGAACUUCCAGGAAACUAUAGUCUGUUCAGAUUUUGAAUGUCAAGUCGUCGCUCAAGUUCCGCCCAUAAUGUUGCGAUAAACCAAUCAGAGAGCGAGCCAUCCACAGAGCAUUUUCGAAUGACGUCAUUCUACUUGACAUUCAAAAUCUGAACAGACUAUAUAAAUCUUUUUUUGUUCCGCAAAAUCACUUUGAACUAUUGUAAUCCAUACAUUUUGGCUUCAAAAACUUGGCCUUUUUUGCACCCUGUCGAAUUUUUUUCCAUAGACUCAAGCCCUCGGUGAGUGGACUUGCUGGAAUUUUAAGGUACAAAAGUUCCUUGAAGCCUUCCGGAGUUUUUUAAAACGAGUAGAGCGUUGAAAGUGCUUAAACUAGCAACAGCUUUUUUUGCAACCUGUUCUUCCAGGCUUCUUCGAAUCAACUUAAUAAGUUAAAACAUUCAGAUGGGUAAACCUGAAGACCAGAAAAAGAAGCGGGACGACCUGCAAGGCCUGCGCGGCUGUGCCAUCGGCGCCGUCCUUCUCUUCCACUUCUUCCCCGACCAUUUUCCCAAUGGCUACGUCGGCGUCGACCAGUUCAGUCCUUUCAGAAUCCUCCAGAAUCCUCGUCGCUUUCAGAUUCUUCGUCCUCUCCGGCUUCCUGAUGUGCAUGUUGCUCCAGAAGUCGCAGACGAUGUCGCGACGCCAACUCGUCCUCAACUUCUACUGGCGACGUCUCAAGAGAAUCCUGCCGCUCUACCUUCUCUGUCUCCUCGGCAUCCUCCUCGCCUUGUACGUCUUCUUCCCGGAUUCUUCCGUCGACACGAAUCUUCGAACCGCGCCUUGGGCUCUCUUCUUCGCCUCGAACAGGCCGAAAUCCACGGAGGACGACUAUUUUCAAAUGGUUUGCUGGAGCUGAUCAACUUGAUGAAGCUGUCAUUUCAGCUCCAAAUGGCUAUAGAUCUAUUUACGCAUACCUGGUCCCUCUCCGUCGAAAUUCAAUUCUACCUCCUCGUUCCAUUUCUCUUCAUUUUGUCGAAACUUCUGCCAGAGAUAUACCAACCGUUGUUUUAUGUCUCCAUAGGUAUGCGAACACUUUCAGGUCGGAAUAUUUAUUUUAUUCAGGUGCUGCCUCAUUUUUGUUGAAUAUAUCCUCCAGUGAAAGCUUCGCAUUCAAUAACGUCUUCGCCAGAGUUUGGCAGUUCCUAAUAGGUCGGUUUGUGGCAAAAUUGGAAAACUUUGAGAAAUCUCCAGGUAUGAGCGCCUACCUGACGUGUAGUUUCGACCCAAAAAGUACACUGGGAAAUUAUUCUCGACUGAGUCAGUGUGAAGAAAGUGAGAAGCUGAUCGUGAAGGGGGACCUCGACGUAGUUGGUUUGAUAUCAAAGCUGUGAAAUUUAUAAUUCUAUGGAUUUUAGAACAAGGCAAAGAUGGGGAAGAGCCAAAAGAUGGACAGGAAUUGCCGAAAGUUGCUCAGAUUACAGCGAUUUUCCUCAUGUUUUUCGCGGCUUUCGCACCGACAAAGUUCAGCGAGUUAUACGUCAGGUGAAAUUGGCUUAAUUAUAGUCAAUGUUUCCCGACUUGAAAGGUGAGAAGGGCGAAGCAGGGGGCGGGGCGCGUAGCGUGUGCGCUCGCGGUUCUUGGCACGUGUUCGAUUCAACCGUCAUCGACUCUUUGAAAAGCCCGUUUUUCGCUUUUUUCAUUCCUUUUUCAAUUAUUUAUCGAUUAUGUUCAUGUGUGCAUCAAAAAAUAGUAGAAAACAUUGAAAAAGAGCGGUUGCCGAGCUUUGUAAAUAAUCGACGGUGAUUGAACUGGACUCGUGCCAAGGACCGCGUACGCACACGCUACGCGUCCCGCCCCUUGCAUCGCCUCCUUCGCCUUUCAAGUCGGGAAACAUUGACUAUACUUGUAUUCGUCAAAUGGUUGCUACAGUAUCCCCAGCGCUUCGAAAUUUUUGUUUUAGCGAAUAAAAAGUUCCUUUAAAGCCUAAAAAAUGCUGCUUUUUUGGUCCGUUUCUGGUAUUUUUGUACUUUUUAAAUCAGAAGUCACUUUUUAUAACCUUCUGAAGUUGAUAUUUCCAGAUUCAACACAACCCUCCUAACGGGUCUUUUGAUUUGCGCGGCCGCGGAACACCCAAUUUUGUGCAGCCGACCUUUAAUCUACUUGGGCGACAUUUCCUAUGCUCUCUAUCUGAUUCAUUGGCCAGUUUGUGCCUAUUGUAAAUUGGUCCAUCCGGAUAGUACUUUCGGUAGGAAUUUAUCUGAUUUCAACCUUUAUUUGGCUUUUUUUUUAGCCGUUUUUAUCGGAUUUUCGGCUUCAAUUUUGGCCGCCGUCGUUGUUCGAGAGACUUUUGAAAAGUGAGAAGUUCAAGAACCUUUUUAACUUGGUAAUUUGCUCCCAGAUGGUACCUGAGCCUAAAAUCCGGAGGAAUAACAGCCUUAGUGAUAAUCUUCUAUAUAUUCAACAUUCUGAUGUUCUUCCACAUGAAAUCCUCCCGAGUACCUUCCUUCCUCGACAAAAACUUGAUUGGGAACGAAACUUGGCUGGAUUUCGACUCGACCAACAUGACUCUUGGUUAGUUUCCCGCAGGAUUUUCCAAUUUAUUGGAUUCCAGAUAAAAUCAACGAGAGAAACGUCAUAUUUUCCCACUUUGAUUAUCAGAAUCUGUACGUGAAGCAGUGCAGUUAUACCAGCGCGGAGAAGGGUCCGCUCGGGAUUUGUGAUUUUCAGGUAAGGUCAACUUUUUUGUGCUUCAGGCCCUUUAGGGACCACUCGAGACCAACCCCUAUAGGGGCCACUGAAGCUUGCAAAAGUGGUCCCUAUAGUGGUUUAGUUAGUGGCCGCUAUAGGGGGCAUGCUAGUCUAGAAGUUACAGAAUAAAUAAGCGUUUUUUGAAAGAAAUUAAAAGACCCCUAGAGGGUCCACUUGAGGUUUCGGAGCUAAGAGGUAAGAAUUUAAACCCCCUAUAGAGACCACCUCAAUUUAACCUCUAUAGGGACCACCUCAAUUUAACCCCUAUAGGGACCACUUUCCCAACCCCUACAGGGAUUUUUUUCGGUUGAAACGAUAGAAUAUUUUAGAACAGACCUAAUCCAAAAUCUGACAUUUCCAGGAUCUGAACAAAAGGGCCCGCAAUAAAAUAGUGAUUUUCGGCAACAGUUGGGCGGCGAAUCACGCAAGAAUGAUCCAUAAGGAAUGCUAUUCGAAAGCCAACAACAUGACCAUGUUCAGUAGUUAUGGUGGGAGAAACGGGAGAAUCGAAAUACAUGAAAAAUGAAGGUUGCGAACCCCUUUAUCCGACCCUGGAACUCGACAGGUGCAAGCAAAACAUGAAGGAUUUUGAUGAUGUUUUGGACUCGGUCAAGCCUGAUUACGCUUUUAUGAUCGACAGGUUGGUUCCUACCUUUAAAAAAAGUAGAAAUUCAACUUCUGAUUUUUUUGGAGGAGAAGCUUUGGGGAGAAAAUUCUAUCUGAAAAGUUGAUCGCGAAUUUCCCAAAAAUGACCAGAAUUUUCCUUGACCCUAGAAGUGUUACUAGAAUAAGCUUUACUGACCACUUAAGAGGUCCCUCAAAAACUACUUGGAGAGGACGCUAAGGUGGCCACUAAAACGACCUCUAUAGAAGCCACUAUUUUCCCACUUAGUGGCCACUAUAGUAGUUCUUUUUUCUAGUGGCUACUAAUCCGAUUACUAUAGUGGCCACUUAAGCGUCAGAACACUGAAGAGGCCACUAGAAAAUUUUCCAACAACCUGCGAAAAGGCUUACUUUUUGAGAAGUGCUACUGGAAAAAAGUUUACUGGCUACUUAAGAGGUCCCUCAAGGACUACUUGAAGAGGACACUAAGGUGGUAACUAUAGUAGUUCUUUUCUAGUAGCUACUAAUCCGACCACUCUUGUGGCCACUGAACCGUCAGAACCCUAAAGAGGUCACUAGAAAAUUUUUUAUUAAAGAAACUAGGGCUCGCUAAAAAUCAAAAUGGCUCAUUCCUAUAAAUUUAGUCGGGUUUCGUGACUAAUUUUAAAAAAAUCGGAAUUCGUGAAGAUUUUUCUACUCUGGUACAUCCACUAGGAUUUUGGCCAAUUUACAAAAAAAUUUUUUCAAAAAAUCAUCAAUUUCCAUAUGAAUUGAAUUUUUAGCCAUGGCGCGCAUUCUCAAGCUCUUUUUCGUUUUUCAAAUCAUUUUUUGGGGCAUGAAAUAUUUUUCCAGACACAUGGCGACAAUGGUCCCUUUAGCCAAUCUCCAAAACGACACGGUGUAUAACUAUGCCAAAAACCGGAUACUCAACUACCGGGACAAGGUCAAAAAGAAGCUUUUCGUGUUGGGACCCGUCCCGCAGCCGGGGCCAUUUACUGAAAUCGUCUACAACAGUUUUAAGGCUGGCAAGUGGCCAGAAAAUGUAGGUUCUCGGGCAAAGUCGGAAUGGUGGAUAAUGGCCCAAUAAUGGCGGCAAAAAGGCAGCGAAAAGGGUCCUUUUUCCUAGCCUUUCAUUUUUUCUAGGGUUUCAAAGGCUCAAGAAUUGGUGGAAAAAGGUGGAGGUAGCAAAAUUGGUGCAUAAAGGUAGGGACCGCAACCAAAUUUUCAAAAAAAAUUUUGAGCUUCAAUAUUACUAUGGUUGGAUAGCUGCUCCAAUUCACUAUUCUAAACAGUUUAGUUUUUCAAAAAAAGGUUGAAAACAAAAAAAGUAUGGUCAAAACAGUAGGGAAAAAAGUCGCGAAGUUUAGUACUGAAAGUUUAGAUUUUACGCUUUUGGUCGUUCAUUUUGUUUUCAUAUCGGAUUUAAUUUUUUUUUUUUAGUAGUUUAUUUCGGUUUUCAAAGUCAUAAUAAGUUAUUAAAACAGUAAAAAACCACAAGUUUGAAGAGAAAAGCUAUUUUACAUGAAAAAUGAAAAAAAUGGCCGCUGCGAGGAUCGAACUCGCGAUAUCAAAACUGUAUGCAAGCGCACUUGCGCUGCUCCACGUACAUCUCUCGGAGAUGGGAGGCGUUCGCUCUAUAGACCACUUCACCUCAAAGUACAGCAUUUACCGACUUUCUUGUUUUAAAAAAAAGUUAUGAUAGCUGAACAACUAUUAGUCACGUGUGUUCGGACCACCUAAAAAUAAUUUAUUCAUAGAGAUUCAGUUCAAAAUGCAGCAAAAAAGGAACCUUUUUCCACCCUUUCCGACUUUGCCUAUGUUAUGCUUUUGAACUAUUCACAUGGAUCUUUUCCAGACCCAAAUUCUUACGCCCGGAGCCUUGAUGAGUUAUGCAGACGGAAAAAAGAGGAUGGACCAGUUGGUGAAGGAUUGCGGGAGCAAAUGUGAACUGAUCGAUUACGCGCCCUUGUUCCGAAACUCCACAACCAAUGAAUUUCAAUACUAUGACCAGAAUGGAAUGGUUUAUUGGACCUACCCCCUUCAUCUCUCCCCACAUGGUCUCUCAUUAGUCAAAGGUCUUUAUAGUAGGAUUUGCGAGGAUUUGUGA